AUGGACGAACGACAGUACGCUGGUAUCAUUGAUGAGUUGAAAGUGAUAUCAAACCGAAUUAAGAAAGAGGAAAUCAUGCAUGCCGAACGAGCUGACUGGAUGUUCGCCGCGAUGGUGAUCGACCGUGUGUGCUUUGUGACUUUUUCAUUCUUUUUAAUACUCUGUACACUUAUUCUCUCCUAUAGAGCGCCGCAUAUCUUUGUCUGA